CGCGCGCCUUGCUCCCUCCUCCCAGUCGUCCUGGCCGCGGCGCCCAACGGGGAAGACGGAGAUUCCAGGAGACGCGCCAGGAACCGCCGCCGCCGCGCCAUGGCGCCCGAGUGAGCGCGGCGCCGGCCAGUCCGGCCGCUGGACAACAUGGAGGCAGCGCCGCCCGGGCAGCAGUGGCCGCUGCUGCUGGCGCUGUGCGGCUGCCCGGCCCCCGCCGCAGGAGCCGAGGAGGUCCUGCUGCUGGCCCGGUAGACGGACCUAUGGAGGAUCUCGCUGGACACGCUGGACUUCACCGAUAUCAUGCUGUAGGUGGACGACAUCCAGCAUGCCAUCGCUAUCGACUAUGACCCAAUGGAGGGCCACGUCUACUGGAUGGAUGACGAGGUGUGGGCCAUCCGCAGGGCAUGCCUGGACAGGUCCGGGGCACAGACGCUGAUCAACACCAAGAUCGACGACCCCGAUGGCAUUGCAGUCAACUGGGUGGCCCGAAGCCUCUACUGGACCCACACGGGCACGGACCACAUCGAGGUGAUGCACCUCAGUGGCACCUCCCACAAGAUCCUGGUGUCAGAGGACCUGGACGAGCCCCGUGCCAUUGCACUGCACCCCGAGAUGGGCCUCAUGUACUGGAUAGACUGGGGAGAGAACCCUGAAAUCGAGUGUGCCAACCUGGACGGACAGGAGCUGCACGUGCUGGUCAACGCCUCCCUUGGGUGGCCCAACGGCCUGGCCCUGGAUCUGCAGGAAGGGAAGCUCGACUGGGGAGAUACCAAGACAGACAAGAUCGAGGUGAUCAAUGUCGAUGAGACGAGGAGGCAGACCCUCCUGGAGGACAAGCUCCUACACAUUUUCGGGUUCACCCUGCUGGGGGACUUCAUCUACUGGACUGACUGGCAGUGCCACAGCAUCAAGCGAGUGCACAAGGUCAAGGCCAACCGGGACGUCAUCAUUGACCAGCUGCCCGACCUGAUGGGGCUCAAAGCUGUGAACGUGGACAAGGUCGUUGGAACCAACCCGCGUGUGGACAGGAAUGGGGGUGCAGCCACCUGUGCUUCUUCACGCCCCACGCAACCCGGUUUGGCUGCCCCAUCUGGGGCCUGGAACUGCUGAGUGACAUGAAGACCUGCAUCGUGCCCAAGGCCUUCUUGGUCUUCACCAGCAGAGCCGCCAUCCUGCUCUCGGCGUCAAGGAGGCCUCAGCCCUGGACUUUGAUGUGUCCAGCAACCAAAUCUACUGGACAGACGUCAGCCUGAAGGUAGCGUGGGCCCGAACGUGCACACGUGCAGCCUAUAUGGGAAAACCUUGCCUCUGUACCUGCCUCAAAGGUUUCAGACAUUUUUCUUAAAGCACUAUAAUAUUUAUUGUAACUCAAUUCAAGCUAAUUAAAUAUGAGCAAGCCUAUUUAAAAAAAAAAAAA